AUAUUUUUGGGAAAAAUGACCAAUAAAUUCUCAUACUUGGACAGGAAAUAUUGAUUAUAUUCUGUUACAUAUUUUCAGCAAUGUCUUGGAAAAUCAUAGUAGUCUUGUUGAUUGGCUUUCUAGCAUGGGCACGACAGGCCUUUUGGCCUCCACCUCCCCGUAUUUGUGGUUCUCUAGGUGGUCCACCUGUCACAGCACCCCGAGUAAAGCUUAGAGAUGGAAGAUAUUUGGCUUAUAAAGAGCAUGGAGUCCCCAAAGAAACAGCUAAAUAUAAGAUUGUAAUGGUUCAUGGCUACACCGGUAGUCGACAUGACGCUUCUUUUUCUACAUCGGCAUUAGUUGAAGAACUUGGGAUAUACAUUGUUGCCUUUGACAGACCAGGCUAUGGAGAGAGCAAUCCGGAUCCGAAACGAACUAUAAAGAGCACAGCUUUAGAUAUAGAAGAGCUUGGUGAACAAUUACAACUUGGUGCCAGAUUUCAUGUCAUGGGGAUUUCUAUGGGAGGACUGGUUGUCUGGGGCUGCCUCAAGUACAUUCCUCACAGGUUGGCUGGAGCAGCAUUGGUUGCUCCAGUUAUCAAUUACUGGUGGUCUAGUUUUCCUGCAAACUUAUCUUCAGAAGCAUACAAUCUACAGCCCUUGGAGGACCAGUGGGCACUUCGAGUGGCACACUAUACGCCAUGGCUCGUAUACUGGUGGAACACUCAGAUAUGGUUUCCUGCUUCUAGUGCUACGGCUGGAAAACCUAAUCUUUCGGCCCCUGAUUUGAAAAUUGUUUCCAAAAUAGCUGGAAGAAUGACCAAAAAGGUACUGAUUUUGUUGUUGUUGUUGCAGUACAUUGGCGAAUGCGCAUUAUAUACCAAGAUAUAUUCUUCAAAAUGCUUCAAAACUGAGCAGUGCUUGUGUAUAGGAAUAUGCGACUCAGCAAGGAGUAUUUGAGUCCUUUCAUCGUGACAUGAUGAUCGGGUUUGGGCAUUGGGAAUUCGAUCCUAUGGAUCUUGAGAACUGUUGACACAUAAAAAUUCAGACCAAAUCGAACAGCCCAAAGAAUAAAGCCCAAUUGAAGGAU